UAUCAAGUUUGGUUAAAGCAGGGGUGAACAUCACACACUGAAGCUCCCCACAAUGCUUUUAUGAACGAGAUAUCACUGCACCGACACGCGCAAAGAGCCCAUGUAGUAGAGGAGUACGCAGCACCGGCUCUACGAGUAGAAGUACAUCAAGUGCUUACCGUGCAUGUCAGCUCCUCCUCAAAAAUCUCCUGCCUAUAGCUUCUUUUUCCUCUGCGGACACGACAAUCUUUGGAUCGCAAAAAUUCAUGGAUGUUCUUGGAUAACCUCUUUUUGUUUUACGCGGAUAGCUGCUCCACAGUCUCGCACGGUGCACAUCGGUCCAGGAAUGGCGCGAUAAAGUGAUCAAAGGAAUCAGUCCAAAUACAUUCACUUUCUGUGUAGCCGUCUCGUCAUGUAUUCUCCGAUUUGUCUUACUCAGGAUGAAUUUCAUCCCUUCAUCGAGGCACUUCUUCCUCACGUCCGUGCCAUUGCCUACACAUGGUUCAACCUCCAGGCCAGAAAACGCAAGUACUUCAAGAAGCACGAGAAGCGGAUGUCCAAGGAUGAGGAGCGCGCGGUGAAGGACGAGCUUCUGAGCGAGAAACCUGAGGUUAAGCAGAAGUGGGCAUCCAGGCUGCUGGCCAAGCUCCGUAAGGACAUUCGGCAGGAGUACCGGGAGGACUUUGUCCUCAGUGUGACGGGCAAGAAGCACCCGUGCUGUGUGCUAUCCAACCCGGACCAGAAGGGCAAGAUCCGCCGGAUCGACUGUUUGCGGCAGGCCGACAAAGUUUGGCGUCUGGACCUGGUGAUGGUCAUCCUCUUCAAAGGCAUCCCUCUGGAAAGUACAGAUGGCGAGCGCCUUGUCAAGUCUCCACAUUGCACCAACCCAGCACUUUGUGUCCAGCCACACCACAUAACAGUAUCGGUCAAGGAGCUGGACUUGUUUCUAGCAUACUAUGUCCAGGACCAAGACUCGCAGCAGUCAGGAAGUCCCAGUAACAAUGAGCCAGGCAAGAACCCUCUUCCAGUCUACUUGGAAGACAGCUUCAUCAAAUCAGGAGUCUUCAGUGUUUCAGAACUGGUGCGAGUGUCCAGAAUGCCCAUCACCCACGGUGCGGCGGUAAACUUCUCCAUGGCAGAUAUGCCCAGCCAACCUUACUAUCACGACCUGAACUCCAGCGUGGGGCUGCAUCGCUCCCUGUCCUCCCCUCCCGGCAGGUCAGCCAAAAGGCCCAAAACCGUCAACAUGGAGGAGAACAUGGACACCAGCCCGACCGGACCCGACUUCUACUCGUCACCCAGCUCACCAGCCAGCAGUCGGGCAAACUGGCACGAUAGAGACGGAGCAGACAUGUCCUCUCCCACCAUGAAGAAGCCAGAGAAGCCGCUGUUCAGUCCCACCUCCCCACAGGACUCCUCACCACGACUCAGCACUUUCCCUCAGACUCAUCACCCAGGCCUAACAGGUGUAGGACACAGUGUUAUAUCAACGAGGAGCCCCCCUCCACACUCGCCCUUGCAGUUCUCAGCCUCGGCUAUCUUGCCCCCGGCGCCAUCACCCUACUUCUCGCACACCACCAUCCGCUACCCGCCCCACCUCAACCCUGCUGAUCCCCUCAAGAGCUACGUGCCGUCAUACGACCCGUCCAGCCCGCAGAGCAGCCAGCCCAACAGCAGUGGUCAGGUGGUAGGAAAGGUCCCGGGCCACUUCACCCCAGUCCUGGCUCCCUCCCCACACCACGGCGCUGUGCGACCCGUCUCGCUCUCCAUGCCCGACACCAAGCCCAUCACCACAUCUACAGAAGGCUACUCAGCCCCUGGCACCCCGACGGCUAAUCGCUUUGUAGGCCUGAGCCCCAGAGAUCCCGCUUUCCUCCACCAGCAACAGCUGAGGAAGUGUGACUGGAGCGUGACUCAAAACGGCAGGCAUUAUGGCCCCAGUGCCACUGACGACACUUUGGGGAUUACUUGGCAAAGUCCUGGUACCUGGGCGAGCUUAGUUCCAUUCCAAGUGUCGAACGGGACUCCGAUUCUGCCAACAAAUGUCCACCAGAACUACAGCAUAAACAUCAUUGGUGAGCCCCUGGUCCCCGCUGAGACAGGGAACUGAACCCAGAGAGGACCGGAUGACCCCCCCCCCUGGGUGGAUGGGUGGGUGGGGGUGUUGGUGGUGCAGAGCUAGCACUGCAGGUGUCCGCAGCCAUGGAUGAAACCAGCAAAGCAGCACGAGCUGCACAAUCUCCACUCGUCCCCCCCCCCCCCUCAACCCUUCAAUCUCGCCCCUUCCACAUGUCCCUCCCCGCUUCCCGUCCCUCCCCACGAUGGACACUGGCCGUGAAGACGAGGGUUGGCUCAGAGGAAAGAAAAAAGAAAAAGCUUCAGGUCUGCUGUGUCCUCGCCCAGCCCAGCCCACACAUCCACCACCCACCAGUCAGUUGUUGUGUUUGCAGAACUUCUCGAUCCAUUACUGUGAUGUAUAGAUGCCUUAAUGUUUUAUUGCAUGACACUCUAGUCUCUUAGCGGCAAUUCCUACUAUUUUUCCAUACCGGGGGAAGAUGUAAAAUCACGAUUUACACACACACACACACACACAAACACACAUACACAUAUACACAAGUGAAGAGGUCUGCGUAUCAACAACCUCUGCCUGGUGGAUGGCUCCGAGACUCUAAAGCUCUCCAACCUCUUGAAAAGAGGCUCCCCCACGUCAAACGAUUCACUGUGUACACCAUAGGAACAAAAAUUGUGAAUUCAGAGUGUUUCUUCUUCCGUUUGAUUUCAGUUUACUGUGAUACGACUCUUUGUUCAGAAAAUGUGUUGACUUUGUUUAUUCUUUACUGCUUACUUACUUCAAGAAUUAAUGUAAACACUUACGGUAAGAGUUGAGAACUCUUGAUGCGGUUUUCAAAAAACACUAAAUGUUAGACUUGAGAUUGGACCCCUCAUUAAAGAAUUUGCAACUCCUUUACAAAAGGAUUUUUAAAAAAAAAAAGACGGAGAAUAAGAAAAUCUCGAUAGAGGCAAGUGCAAUUUAAUUUUUGAAGGGAAGCUAUCAGUCUGUCAGCCCUAGGACUCUAAAGGAAGGGGGAUAAAUAUUAAAUGGUUUUAUGGGUAAAAAAAAAAAAAAAAUGUUUAAGGAAACAUUUGAAUUUGAUUUCAGUCACAUAUCCGUCUCCUCACAUGAGAAAAAACAUCAAGCGUGAAAGGCAGUUGAAGAAAAGCACUAAGCUACCUGUGCAGCGCUGAGCAAAACCAGCACUUCUUUUGAGCCCUUCCCAACUUUAAAUGGGGAGAUUUUUUUUUUUUAUUUAUUUUGGGGGGAUAAAAAAAAAAAAAAGAAAAAUAACCGAACAUAAGUAAAGAAAUGAGACGCACAUAGUGUGUAAAAAUGGCAUUUCAGUUGAAAAUGUUCACGAUAAGAUCAAGAGCAUAAUGCAUUUGGCCAUCAGCUUCUAAAGCUUAUGUUUACAAAAAAAAAAAAAAAGGAAUGCAAAGUGUUAAUUCAUGGAAAUGUACAAUUCAUGCAAAUGUACAGUAGGCUUAUGUGUAAAGCUACAGUUUGUGCAAGGUUAACUCUGCAGUGGAAGAGUUUGAAAACUGAAAUUAUGAAUCCAGGUGGUGGCAAAUCCCUGAAAUCUAGAAUUGUGCACGGCAUGUUCACAGCCAUUGCCUCUCCAGUCCAGACAUAUUUAUACAAGGAAAAUCUCUCCAAUACUCUUAAUUUGCACGAUGACAUAUAGUCCACAUUACGUGCCUUGCCUUUGAAUAUAGAGACAUCACUACACUUGUUUUUGCUGCAUUUAUCAUUAUAGGAAAAAAAUAACAUUUUUAUGAUAAUAAUUGUUUUGUACUCUGAAUGAAAUUGUUGAUUUUUAACUUCAUGUACUACUCUAUCUCACAGUUACAUUGCAUAUCAAGGCUGUGUAUAGUUGCCGUUUUAAAGUUUGUAAUCAACCAGCGUUUUUUUUUUUUCUUUUUUUCUUUUUUUUUUUUGUUUUCUCAGUAUUUUGGUGGUUUUUCUAAUAACCUGUCAUCUUUUGUUUUGCUUAUUUUUCAAUGCUCAUUGUGUUCAUCUUCCAGUUACUAUUGUGGAGGGUGGAAUUCAGAAUUAUGAAAAUUAUGCAAUACCAAGUUUUGCCUAUGUAGGUAGUGCUUAUAGAUGUGUCAAUUAUUAGAGGCUAGUUUGGAGAUAGACAAUAUUGUAAUGCAUUUAUUUUGUUGAUAUCGUUGUUUGUCGUUGUUGUUGUUGUUGAUGAUGUUGUUGUUGUUGUGGGUGUUUUCCUUUGUUAUCGACCAAAGUGGGGACUGCUUUCUAUGCAGUGUAUGACAAGGUUUUUUUUUUUUUUUUUUUUUUUUUUUUCUUUCUUUAGCAUAUAGGCCUACCGAAAGACGGUGAAACAUGUUCCAGUGUAUUUUGAAUUUGGGAGUUUUAUUGGGAGGGCCGGUAUUUUUCUAGAAGUACUUAUAAAAAAAAAAAAAUGCACCCUUGGUCUUUUUUACGGCUGCAAAGUCACUGAUUGGUCUACUGUGACUCUUACUUUUAACUUUCCACCUGGGGUGCUAGCAUGUGACCUUGAAGGAGCUCAUUUUUUCACAUGAGAGACGGCUUGACUUGAGUAUGACAAUCAUUUUAAGAAAUCAUUUUGCGUAAAAUCCCAUUCUGUCAUAGAUCCCUAAAAAGCUGCGACUGAGGACGUAUUGUGGGAUUCCAGCAAAUCCCGCGUACUUAACAGCAAGUUGCGUGCUUUUAUCAAAUAUGCCGUACUAUUCUCGACGUCACCGAAUGCAAUUUUCCCAAGUAGAUGCCUUAAACACAUCAAUGAAGUGGCCUGUGACCUGCGCAACAAUCACACACCGACUAAUGCUAGUGAGACCUGUCCAAAUCAGUUUCCGACAGGCUCAAGCAAGCCUUUAGAAAGUAUUUUAUAAGUAGUAGAUUUGUAUAAAUGUAUAUACGAUAUGCACAUAUGUCAAUUAUUGAGAUACUUCCCCAGCAGAGAGCCCCGUAGAGUAUGUUGAAUUAAAUACUGAACCACAGGAGCAUGUCGUUUUCUAACCGUCGCUCCUGAAAAGUUCAGUGGCCCAGUAGAAGCUUAAAUAGAAUCCACUAGAAGAAAAAUAUAGCACUUAAAUAGCACAUAGGCAAUCGUCUUCUCCCCCUCACAGUGUUUUGAACCUAGUCUCAAACUAAAUCUCUCAGGCGUAUUACAGGGCAUUAUUUAUAUCAGUCAUCAUCUUACCAUUUUUGAUGUAAAAACUCACACAGAGAGAGAGAGCAGCAUCCCGGAUGUUGCUCGGACACCUUUUUGCACUCUUUCCCUACAAUCGCGAAAGAAUCCUGAAAUCUUUCCCCUCGGAGAGUCGGCACUACCGAGAGCUCUUCCGGCGUAAGCGUGAGGGCCAAGAAGCAGACAAUGUUUUUAAAAAAAAUAAUAAUCCUCAAGUCAAGCUCAAUCUCUCCGUCUUCACCCAGAUUUCUUAUGCAGAAAAAAAAUUGAAAAGUCACCCCGUUCUAUGUGCACUGUUCUGUCUUUUUUGUUUGUUUGUUUUAUUCUUUUUUUUUUUUUUUUUUCUUUUAAAAGAAAAAAAACUAUAAGUGCUUUGCAGCCUUUGGCCAUUGGAGACCCCACUGAAGUGCAUUGUCCCCAAGUGUGUGUGUGUGUGUGUGAGUGGGUGUGUGUGUGUGUGUGUGUGUGUGUGAGGAAAAAAUGUGUCAGGGUCACUGUGCUGUUGGUGUUUAUUUGAAUAGGAGACUGUACAUAAAGGUAAAUAUCCUGAUUGCGUCGAUAGCAGUAGUCUGUGGGGUUGAACUCUGCUUUGGCAGCUUGAGUGUUUUUGUGCAUGGGCGUGCAUGUGUGUGUGUAUGUGAAUUUGUGAGCUGGAUGUUUGUGGGUGUGAUAGAGUGCCUCUGACACUACACAGUGAGAGAAGAUGAGGGUCUUUCUAUCGAUAAAAAGCCUGCCAUAGGACAGGAGUUUGUACACUGUAAACUUUCUCGAGAGUUCUUCUCUAAAGCCCUUAUUUGUAAAUCUUCACUUCUGGGGAAAAUGAGUCAAUUCCAUUUUAGGAAAAAAAAAAUUAAUUUGGGUUUUGUUUAUUUGUUUUUUGGAGGCUGGAUUUGAGUUAGAACUCUCCAGGUUUCCCCCGAUUAAUAGAAUCUAAAGUGUUUCAUCGGUUGUUGUAUUCCUGUAUGUAAAGUCAAAAAAAAGGGGGGAAAUAUUCUAUAAAGAUCCACAAAUAUAAAAAAAACAACAACAAUGAAGGCUUUUUUGUUAUUAAUAUUAUUAUUUCUGAACUUGGCUAGUGCUUAGAUAUUUCCAUUUGGGAAACACUUCAUAAAUAUAUGAAUUGUUGUUCUAUCAUUAGUGUGGCCAUAGCGAGUGUGAUGUGAUUUAUCUCUUUUUUUUUUUUUUUUUUUUUUUUGGAAAUGGGUGUGAAUUCUUGUCCAACAAGAUCAUGAUCAGUGUGUGUGUGUUCUUGUAGCAGCUGGGAGGUGAUGUCACUUAACCAGUAGAAAAAGCCCCAGAAAAGGCACCUGACCUAACGUGAGAAGCAGGGUAAAAUCUGACAAAACGUCCUCCAAUGAAUCUAUCAGAUAGUUUCGUUUUUUUUUUUAGUUUUUUUUUUUUUAGUUUCUUUUCAGAGGAAAUGUUGCGAGACGACUGGUGCUACGUCUCGCCAUAUUUCUGAUUCGGCUGGCCAUUUUUUUGAGCUGUCUACUUGGUUCAUAUGCAGGCGACUCUCUAAAAAAAAAAUCUCUUUAAAGAUCAGUAAACGCAUCAAGGCAUCGCUCAUUUUGCACUUUCUACAUGAUGUCAAUGCCUGAUUUGAUGUAGGAAACCCUUCAUUCACACUACAAAAAAAAAAAAAAAAGAACUACAUUGAUUGCAGGUGCUUCACAACAAGGUACUGUACCUUCCAGCUGAUAAUAGGUAGACUAAAUGUAUUUGGGCAUGGUUCUGUGUGUUGCUACGCGGGGUGUGAAUGUAGCCUGUCAAAAAGCUCUUGAAACUUUAUAAAAAUUUAAUCAGUGUUCCACCCAUCAGCAGCUUCAAAAGCCUUACUCAAGGCAGAUUUUGACACUCGCAACGACCUUAUUUUUAGAAAGUAUUAUUGCAUCGAUCACCGCGAUCAUCGAGAACAGGACAACUUUAUGCAAGGAGGACCUGUGGCACUCAUGCAAUAUGUGUGAUUUUCCUUUACGUUGAAUGUCACGCAUUCUGUUGGGACUGAGAGGGCAUAUACAUGCAGACUAAGGAAACAUUCAGACUUAUUUUUCAUCCUACAUGAGCAAUACUCACCUUCCAUACGUUGGCUAGCUGCUAGUCACUUGGCAUCAGGUUGUUAUUAAACAUGAAAACCAGCAUUUAUACAGGAUGUAACAUUCACCAAAAGAAGACAAAAAGAUAGCAAUGCAGUGCCUGUUCAAGCUGUCCAAGUGUCUGUUGUAUAUAAUUGUAAAAUGUGAUAGACUUACUUUCAUAUGUGACAAGAAAAACGGCAUCACGCAGAACAGAAUGUGGCUCAUCAUUCUCAUCUGGAAAUAUGCUCUUUAUUACUUCUUUGAUGUUUUUUGGAGCUUUUUUUUUUGUGUGAUUUAUUAAUUUUCUAAUUAUGUCAGCACACAAUGCCCACAUCAAGCUUGCUCACAAUUUGAGAGGAAAUGUUCAUUCUUCUUUUUUUCCUUUCUUUUUUUUUUUU